GACUAAUAGUGGCUGUUUUGUCAUUGAAACAUUCUUUAGUGAUAAGCACGAAACAAACUUACAAAAGCAAUGACCAGCAAAGCAAUUAACCCGAAACACAAAAAUGUCCGGCGAGAUAGAGCUACCCACCGAAUUAGAGGAGAUCAAGCAGCAACAAUGGGUCGCCGCGGCGGAAGCGACAGCGAUGAAGACGACACCUUCUACUACCGUUACUCCUCCGUCUCCGCCCCAGAUCCGCCGUCAUCGACCUCCUCCACCUCAACAGCCGCCGCCGCCGCAAAUCGGAACCCUAAAUCCCGCGGCUCGGGCGGACUGGCCCCCUCGAAGUCGACCGUCUACAUCUCCAACCUCGAUUUCGCUUUAACGAACUCCGACCUCCACACCCUCUUCUCCACCUUCGGCAAGAUCGCGCGCGUCACCGUCCUCAAGGACCGCGCCACCCGCCAGUCCCGCGGCGUCGCCUUCGUCCAGUUCGUAUCCCGCGACGACGCCGCCUCCGCCGCGCGCCAGAUGGACAAGAAGAUCCUCAACGGCCGGACCCUAUCGGCGUCGAUUGCCAACGACAACGGCCGGGCGACGGAGUUUAUUAAGAAGAGGGUGUAUCAGGACAAGAGCAAGUGUUACGAGUGUGGGGAAGGCGGUCAUUUGUCGUACGAGUGCCCGAAGAAUCAGCUCGGGGCGAGGGAGAGGCCGCCGGCGCCGAAGCGGGGGCGGAGAGAAGGCGGCGGCGGUCGCGGCGGUGGUGUUGCUGAGAGGAGGGACGAGGCAGCGGUGGCGGAGGAUGAGGAAGUAGGAGGAGGGAAUUGGGGAGAUGGGCAGGGGUUUGAAGAGGAGAAUUGGGCGUCGGCGGUGGAUGGGAGGGCGGAGGAGAGAUUGUUGUUGGCAGAUGAAGAGGGAAAGGGUUCGGGGAAGAAGAAGGUGAAGAAAGCCAGUUACUUUAGCGAUGAGAGUGGCGAGGAAGAUUGAGUCUUGAGCUAUGUUGCAACUUGCAACCUUGCUUGUAGUGAUUAUAAUCUCCUUAGGAAUUUGCUACUGCUGAUGGAAUGCUCAUUUGAAAUUGAAUUGCUUCGAAGAUUGCAUUACAUUCUGAUUUUCUGCAACUGUGCUUACUUGAUUUACAGUUCCUACUUACACAGAUCUCAUUUUCGGCCAGUAAAGCUUAGGCCUUCGC